GAGAGAGAGCGCACAGAGGGGGAUGCAGAGCAAAGCAGUGGGAGUGCUUCUCAUCUUGUCACUCGGAGAGAGAGAGCCACUGAGGGCUAGACAGAGGGACAGAAUCCAAGAGGUGUAGAGACAGAAACAGAAAGAAAGAGAGAAAGAAAGAAAGGACAGAGAGGUUUAGACAUAGACACAGAAAGAGAGGGAGAGAGAGAGGGGGGAAAGAGAGAGAGAGAGAGAGCUGUCUGCUUCUCACAUGGUUGCACAGCAGGCACUUCCUCUGGUCUUGCGCUCCGCUCAAGUCUUCAGGGAUCUACGCCGCGCAAAAAUAAAACUGGGAUAUAUUGUCCUCCUCCUCCUCCUCUGUGGAGUGUCUUGGAGAGAACCACCAGCUUGCGAACGCAUUUGUGGGCGCCUGUGCCAGCGGUGGACUGUGUGAAGAAGAGAGAAAACAAGGAGAAACAAGUGAUUGGACGACAUAGUGAAAGGAGCAGAGAGAAGAAGACACUUUAGGAGCGUGUGUGUGUUGGAGCGCUUUUUUGACAAGUAGUCGGAGGCUUGCCGGUUGGACUUGUUGGCGCUGCGUUGAGCGAAGCGGAGUCGACGAGGCGAUUGGGCGGCUUGCUGAAGCAUGCUGCAGACCAUUUACGAGAGCGAGACUCGCAUCCCCUCCGACUGGCUGCGCAAGAUCUUGGAUGCCCAUACCACGAUGCCCAGUAGCGUCCUUGGCACAGGCAUGAGUGCAGAACUCCUGGCUGCUGCGGCGGCGGUCAGCAGUAGUGGUGGUGGUGAGGGCAGCGGUGGCAUCGGUGCCGGUGGCAGCAGCGGUGGCAUCACCAACAACCACAGCAGCGGCGGCAGCAGCAGCAACGGCAGCAUGGAGGAGGGCCAGGAGGAGGUGCAGGGAGGAGGUGGGAGCUGGGAGCGGGACCCUGAGGAGUGGGAGCAGGAGCUCCAGAGGGAGCUGCUCCUCAUCCAGAGGCAGCAGUACAUCCAGAAGCAGCUGCUCAUCUCCGAGUUCCACAAGCAGCACCAGAACCUGCUGAGACAGCACCAGGCACAGCUGCAGGAACACAUCAAGCUCCAGCAGGCCCUGCUGACUCUGCGGCAGCAGCAGGAGGUCUUGGCGGAGGAGAGGAGGCAGGAGGCGGAGGAGGAGCGCGAGAGGGAGGAGGAGAGGGAAAAGGAGCUGGAGAGGGAGAGGGAGCAGGAGCUCCACCGCAUGGAGAGGGAGCAGCGGGAGCUGCAGCAGCGCGAGCACCAGCACCUCCUCCUCAACCAGCACCGCAAGAAGGAGCGCAGCCGAGAGACGAGUAUGGAGAUCUCGCACUCACGCACAGGUGCCAUGGCCAGCACGGAGGUCAGACAGAAACUUCACGACUUCCUGUUGAGCAAGUCGGCCAAGGACCCCUCGCCAAACGGCACCGCCCACUCCGUCGCCCACCGGCCCAAGAUCUGGUACAUGGCUACCCAGCACAUGUCCGCGGAGCAGAGCUCCCCUCCGCUGGGAGAGACGCCCCCCACCUUCAAAUCCCCCCUACCUAGCGGCCUGGACGGCAGGACCGAGGACUUCCCCCUCAGGAAAACCGCCUCGGAGCCCAACCUGAAGGUGCGCUCCCGCUUGAAGCAGAAGGUUGCGGAGCGUCGGAGCGGCCCCAUUCCAAGACGGCGGGACGGAAGCGUCCUCGUCACCCCGCACAAGAUGCGCACCCUGGAGCUGAACGACUCCUCAGCCAAUGACAGCUCUCCAGGCUCGGGGCCCAGCUCUCCCAUUGGCUAUUGCGGGGCGGACAACGUUACGUCAUACCGACCCACCGCUGUCCAGAUCGAGCGCUGCCUCUCCCAGACGGGUAUCCUGAAGGCGGAGGGCUCCAUGGCCCUGUUGAACCUCUACACCUCCCCCUCGCUCCCCAACCUCACCCUCAGCCUGCAGUCCGGGGCCUCGCCCAUCUGCGCGGCAACGGCUCUGAAGGAGAGGGCAGCCGAGGGCAUGUCCCGCCAUUCCCUGGGUUCCGUGCCGCCCGUCUCCCUGGAAACCAAAGUCAACAACAGCCACCAGGCGCUGCUGCAGCACCUGCUGCUCAAGGACCAGAUACGGCAGCAGAAGAUCCUCUCACCUGUUGCUGGCAGCGUGCCGGUGUUGCCGCUGUCUCCGCUGGCCGUGAAGGAGCGUCCCACUCCCCCCAGCUCCCGGGCCAAGCUGCCGCGCCACCACCGGCCCCUCAACCGGACCCAGUCGGCGCCGCUGCCCCAGAGCACGCUGGCCCAGCUGGUCCUGCAGCAGCAGCACCAGAACUUUGUGGAGAAGCAGAAGCAGUACCAGCAGCAGGUGCACCUCAGCCAGAUCCUGUCCCAGUCUAUCGAGCACCUCCGGCACCCCAACACCCACCUGCCUGAAGAGGAGGAGGAGGCUGGGGGAGGCGCAGUAGGAGGAAGAGGAGGAGGAGGAGGUGGCAUGCUGGAGGCCCACCAGCCGGAGUACGCCACGCUGCCCUCUGGUGGCGUCAUCCGGCAC